AUGACAGGCAACUGCGGAGACCACGCGUGUCCCUACCCGGGGGGCUAUACCCACUACUCGCCCUCUGUCAUCGGCAGUGCCAUCUUUCUGGUGGCCUUUACGUUGCUGGUGCCUUUGUCUCUCUAUCAAGGCUUCCGUUUCAAGACCCCCCUAUUCGCGUUAACCCUGGCGACUGGUCUUCUUCUGGAGGUCCUGGGCUUUGCGGGAAGGGUGAGGCUUCGAGACAAUGGCGCCAGUUCAGCCUCGUUCUUCCUCUGGCUUCUCGGCACCAUCUCGGGCCCAACACUGAUCGCGGUGGCCAUCUGCCAAAUCCUGCCUCAUAUCAUCGCCCUGUACGGCCUUGGUAUUGGGUUCACGCGGCCGAGGGUCGCAGUCUUGCUCCUCGCCUUCGCCCUUGUUCUUGUUAGUGCGUUGGAAAUUGCCGGUGCUGUGUCUACCGUUUUUGGGCUCGGCGGCGUCCAGACAUCAUCCAUCCUACUUGCCGCUCUAGGCGUCCAGGUCCUGGCACUGUUGCUCUUUGUGGGUCUGUUUCUCUGGUUCACCCAAAAGAUUCCAGACCCGAAGCAUGUUGCCAUAUACCAAGCCCCACGAUUCAAGAACUUCAUCAAAAUGAUACCAAUCAUUGCUGUGGCCUUGAUCGGACACACCAUAUACCGUCUCGUCGAGUUUUGGAACGGCCUCGACAGCCCUCUUCAGCGUUCUGAGGCCGCAUCCCUAGUCAUUGGCGGUGCUUUGCCACUGCUGGCGUCCGCGAUGUUGUGCGUAUACCAUCCUGGUGCCGCAUUUGGCCGGGCAUGGAACCUGACCUCUCCACGUUUGCGUUCUGCAUCGUUCCGGCCACGUCGUCGGUCAGCCCCAUCGCCUCUUCAAUCGCCCACUGUGCGUUGGGACGAGCACAAGGGGCCGCGUCAGCCGGGAUUCACCACCUCGCACUUUCCAGACAAGAAGAUGUCGCCUGUCGGUGUUGGUCCAGUCCCGUUAGGACAGUCCACUAUGGCAAGCAAGGUCGCCACCAGUCCUGGCGAGAGAUCGGUGACUUAUCCAAGCCCGAUCGCUUCAACACACAGGCUGAGCCCAACCUUCCACAAGACGAAGCAGCAGUCGGCGAACCCGGAUCGCCACAGCACCAGAUCGAAUGUGAAGCCCAUGGUCAAUAGCGAAGAGUUGUGGUAG